AUGCCACCCUUACCUAUUCAGGCUACUUGGAGCCCGGAUGUCAUCGCAACCGUAGUAUAUAGAAUCACCAUGGUCUUCGUGAGUCUCACGUAUAUCUGGAGAAAAUAUCGACAACCGCUUAGAACAGAUGAUUUGCACCAGCUUGCUGAGCUACUCGCUGCACGAACACCCACAGUCGAAGUCAAGUCCGACGAAACUUCUGAGCCCUCACCCGCCAAUUCGACCGACUCGAACAAUAUUUUGCAAACUGUACAAGCUGUUGGGACGGUGGCUGCAAUGGUAUUGGGUACCACAGAUUGUGAUGGUACCUCGGAUACUCCUACGAUCAAUGUUGAGCUGCAACCAAUACAGAACGCGUCUUCGAAUCGACGACAAGGGUUCAACAAAUGA